GCUGCACACACCUCCGGCGCUGCACUGAGCGCACACACACACACACACACGCACGCACACAUGCACGCGCGUCUCUCUGUGCAGAGCAGUGAACACCAUCACCAGACACAACCACCGUCUCUGGACGCAGACACAACACACCGCGCGGACAGAAACCACACCUACUGCUGAUAAAGGAGCUGAAGGAGUUUUCACAUGGGAAAAAGCCUGAAGUGAUAUCGAUACAGAGGAAAAAACAAAGACCCCCAUUUACAUUUCAUGCUUCUCGGGCGGAUCGGCUAGUUGUCUGAUCUCAAAAAAGGGAAACAGUGAUGCCGAGCUGCUCCACCGGGAUGCCGCAGUGAAGGAAAAAGAGGACAACAUCUAUAUUUGAAUCACUCCUCUCCUCAGUCACAAUCCCUCAUCUGCUGCUUACUUGGGAAACUCCUCACAACACAAUAUUGAAUACUGUACAGCGCCUGCACUCCACUCUCCCUGUUUCCUGCCUCUGCCUCGAUCUGGCUGCACACUUUCAUUUUGCGGGGAAGAGAAGUUCAGUAGCAGCCCCAGGGCUUUGGUCCUGUCGAACCCUGACACACCGUCCCCCCUCACAUCACCCCUUCUCUCCCCUCUCCUCUCCCUGCCAUGUCCAACGACAGCAGCCUACUCAGUGUCUGGGAGGCAUCCGAUUGGUCAGACACCUCUCAGUGCCCGCCCUCGGUGGGCGGGGCGACUUUCUUGAUCAUAGCGUACAGUGCUGUCAUAGCGAUCGGGUUGCUAGGCAACGCAGGCCUGGUGUUCAUCAUCGCCCGGCAACAGGAGUUGCGCAACGUCACCAACAUCCUGAUCGCCAACCUGUCGUGCUCAGACAUCCUCAUGUGUGUGGUGUGUCUGCCUGUUACCGUCAUAUACACACUGAUGGACCGCUGGGUGCUGGGAGAGGCCCUGUGUAAGGUGACUCCCUUCGUUCAGUGCAUGUCAGUGACAGUCUCUGUCUUCUCCUUGGUGCUGAUCGCUCUGGAGCGUCACCAGCUGAUCCUCCAUCCCACCGGCUGGUCCCCCGCUGCCGGACACUCCUACCUGGCUGUGGGGCUAACAUGGCUGGUUGCUUGCUUCAUCUCUCUGCCUUUCCUCUCCUUCAACAUCCUCACUAACGACCCCUUUCAGAACAUCAGCCUGCCCGCCAACCCCUUCAGGGACCAUUUGAUCUGUAUGGAGCUGUGGCCGUCAGAUAAGCAUCGUCUUGCCUACACGACCUCGCUGCUGCUCUUCCAGUACUGCCUGCCACUCCUGCUGGUGCUCCUCUGCUACCUCAGGAUCUUCAUACGCCUGAGACGACGCAGGGACAUGCUCGAGCGCAGCAGGAGGACUCGGGGAGCCCAGAGGAUUAACGUGAUGCUGUUAGCCAUCGUGGUCGCCUUCGCUCUGUGCUGGCUGCCGCUGAAUGUCUUCAACACACUGUUUGACUGGCACCACCAGGCCCUGCCCGACUGCCAGCACGACGCCAUCUUCUCUGCCUGCCACCUAACAGCGAUGGCCUCCACCUGCAUUAACCCCGUGGUGUACGGCUUCCUCAACAGCAACUUCCAGCGGGAGCUGAAGUCGACGCUGCAGCGCUGCCAGUGUGGUAACCGGGCGGCGGAGAGCUACGAGAGCUUCCCUCUCUCCACUGUGGGCAGCGAGGGCAUGACGAAAGCCACCUCCCUCAACAGGAUGGGAUCUGUGUGCGUUCCCUCACCCAGACCUGAGAUCAGCUCACAAAUACCAGCGAAAACAAUACCUGCUAACACUUAAUAUUGAGUACUACCAAACUCUUGUCUCACAAGCGGCUGGCAGGCAAAUGUCUUGUGAGUGGCUCACAGCUGGAACAGUGUGUGACAGACAGAACAGCUGUCUGGGACCUCUGAGCAAGUCAAAAACUGCUUACUUCAUUUACUUCCAUAACUUUCCUGCCAGAGUGAAACAGCUUCUUUCACUCGGGCUGAAAGGAUGAGGAUGGAGGUUGGCUGAUGUAGCUUCAAGUCCAGAACAUGAGAAGCAAAAUCUUGUAAAUGGACUUUGUUUGAGGGACACGGAGAGAAAGCAGGAAGGGCUGGUAGAACUGACUGUUCACGAAGCCCCGCCCUCCUUAGUUACUGUUGCUAUGGCUGUUAAUCUUUGCAUUCAACCAAUGCCACAUGUGCAGUUUACGCGAUAACAUUGGCCGAUUUACCACCGAAAUUCAGUCAUUUUUGAAACAAAAAGCUUCGCAUUUUAGCCGCCGAUUGACGAUUUUGUUGGCUGAAAUUACAGCCGUCGCUGGCAGAUUUGAACAGCGUUACGUAACGUUAGCUCAGUGAGCUGGUUGAAAAAUCUGGGCUAGGGUUAGGCUGACAAACAACCAUGUAAAGGGUCCUAAAUAUGCCUAAAUAUUGCCAUCUUGUAUGGCAACAUACAAGAUGUUGUGCUAAAAGACUGAGGCUAAAGCUAACAGGUUCCAGGUAAAAAAAUCAACACCCUCAGUUGAUUAUCCAUAUAGAAGACAUGAAAAUAUAGAAACAGCAUUGUUUGUGUAUUGCAUAUUGAGCUAUUUAGCUCUAGUAUUAUAUUACAGUGUGAUUAAAAAAAAAUAUGGGAAAAUACUGUAUUAUAAAGUAUUAUACAGAAAAGAUAAUGUUGUGUUCUAACAUAACCCUGUUUGGAUGCUUACUAUAGAAAAACAUACUUGGACAAACAACAGAGCUUAGAUUUUUGCUUUAUUGUUCAUAUUUUCAAACAGUAUGUUUCACUUUUACAAGAGAAAAGGCUUUUAUGAUGAGGAAUAAUCGAUGUGUUUGGCAGAUGUAAUCUUUGAUAACAAGUUUGGUUGGAGUUGCUGGAGUAAAAGUCCCCAAACCCAAUAAAGAGCAGAGCUGCUAAUGUUAGCUUAAACGCUGAUAUAAUUGCAUCCUGGACUGGCUCCCACACAGUGGAUGUCUGUACCCAACAUAAUAAGGUAGUUAGCUAGUGAUAUGCUAACUCUUAGCCUUGGAGGUAACACUAGGUUACUACGGUGGACAGUAACAGUGAGUGAUUCUGCAGCUUACAUUAAAGCAGAUAAACACACUGUUUAAUUCAUUCCUUACAUUUUUGCUUGUGUAUUUUUGGUUUUUGGAAAGGCAAUAUAAAAAAGACCCUUCCAAACUCUUCAGAGUAUCUCUCUUACUAGAGCCGUGCCUGGUUACGGACCAGUUGCUAAGCCGUCUUUGGGACAAUUGCUGUUCGAGGAUGGGAUUUAGCGAGAGGUCAAUUGUGAGCAGUGACUGACAACAAAAUAUGGAAAAUGUAGAAGGAGUGAGACAAAGAUGAAGAAGAGAACUCUCUAACUAUCAAACGAAGAACUCAUGAACCUGAAAGAAUGUUCUAAACAGUGAAAUACAUGUGUUUUAUAUGUAACUUUGCAAAGUGUAAAUCAUUAUGAUAGUGAACACUGUUGAUAAGCAUGCCUUAGAGAGCAUUUUGAAAGUGUGGUGGAGAUUGACUGGUGCUUGGCUUAAAUACAAAGUAAAUGAGGCUGCUUAACAUUAGUGUAUUAUAUAACUCAUAAACUAUGAAAGUUUUCAUUACAAACCACUGAACAAGUGAUGAAUGUGCUAUAAUGAGCAUUUAGAAACUAGUUAUAAAUACAAUAAAGUCUAUGAGAGAUGUA